AUGCGACCGACGAGUGAUCCAUUGAAGUUGUUCAUGGAAGACAUUGAAAAAACACAGACACUUUCUGGUAAAUGUGUUAAACUACAAGCAUAUCUUCACUCUCUCAAGGCGGAUAUGAGUAAGAUGAAGGAUCUCGACGUUACAAUCUCCAAACAAAUCUUGGAACACGUUAUCAAGACUCUUGAAGUGGAAUAUGAUAAAGUCUUAGGGAUGAUAAAGGAUUUACUGAAUCAAACAAGAAUUGCUGAUGUAACGGUUUUGCCGGAAGAGAUGAUAAGAGUCUUUCAGAAUCUGAGUCUCGCCCCAACUAACAAUGUGCUACAAGAGCCACAGAUGCAAACGGAACAAGGACUAGGGCAACAUGGAUCAAUGCCACAGCAAAUGCAACCAGGAUUCGGGCAACCAGGAUCACUCCCAAUGCAAAUGCAACAAGGAUUAGGGCAACCAGGAUCACUGCCAAUGCAAAUGCAACAAGGGUUAGAGCUACAUGGAUCAGUGCCAACUCAAACGCAACAAUGA